AUGUCGAUGGCAACGAAUUAUAGGUACGAAGUGGAACGACCUGGAGCGAAAAAUCUACGGAAAGCGCUUAAAAGACAGGAGGAGCGAAUCAAGGUUUGUGCAUGACAAGAGAUAAAAGGGCUACGCUGGGAUAUGUGUAACUGGAUCAAUUUUGCUUACUUUCUGUUAGGUAAUUACGUAAAGAUCAAAUCCAUUGUGUGCUUUAUACUGCAGGGAAAGCGGUAAAAUUUAUUUCCAUUGUUUAGGAGCAAUUAACAAUUUUGUCAGAACGAUUAAGCUGAUCUUCUCUUCAGGCAACAAUGAUGUUGUUUUCACUAUAAAGCAAAUUUAAAUUAUUUCAAAGAAAUAGCAUUUUUGCGCACUGCAUUUAGAGGCAUUAAUCUUCGAUUCACCGAGUGAUGAAAUCAGCCAAUGGCGCGAAAGUUAAAAUCUGCAAAGACUACGUUGGGAACAAACCCUCGAGCACAAGUCAGUUAAUUCCUACAUAAUUGUUGCGAAUUAGGUUCUCAAAAGAACUUUCCUUGACUGUAGUUGAAAGAGGUGUGUGUGUGUAGCGGGGAAAGGCAACAUACAACUACAUUGAUACAUGUGCGAAGUACUGAGGCUUGUGGAAAAUACUAUUGAUCCAACAAUAAUCGCUAAUUGAUAGGUCUUUGGGAAUAAGUCAUAUAAAUCUUGGUUAUCUUUUUAAAGGACAAUGGUUGUUAUUGUAAGUUAUAUGUUAGCUACAGGUCCACCCCGCUUUUGUCUUCUUGAGUGAAGUUCAGAUAUGUCCAAUGCUUUGCUUUGUCAUAACAUAUUUGCCAAACUUUGGCAACUUUUUGCCAUUUUCGCCAUUGCAUGCAUUUCUGGACACAAGUGCAGGCGAAGUUAAGGCCUUCGAAGAUCAGUACCAUACCUGAACUUCUGAACUAGUCAAUCUUGUUUUCUCUCAUCAAACUGGUUUUCCAAGUGCGAGCAUUGGUUUAUUGAUAAACCGCUGGUUAUAACUAAGCUCGCUGUACCAGGGUGCUUAACUUUAUCACAGCAACAAGCAGAAUAUGCAUGCUAAAUAACAAUUACUAGCUACUGAUGUACAGUGUGUUGUACACUGUAUAUGCCAAAAGGGAGUAAGCUUAAAUGAAAAGGUCUGCUAGCCUGGUUAGCCACUUUGCAGAGAUUGCAACAUACUUGUACAUGUUUUAGAAUGACUGUCCUUUGUAUUCUGGGGUGCGGGAGACAGACUCUGGGAUUUCUGGCAUAUUCCCUACCUACCAACCUCGUUCCCGGGGUUCUCUCCUACCCAUCCCUAUGGAGCGAGAGAGAGAGAGAGAGACCCUGGUUGGGUCUGGUCAUUGUCUCCAGAGCAGGGUUGUCAGAAAGUUUUGAAGUAGAUGGCUGAGUUGUUAAUGUAAGCAGUCAGCGCUGGAGGGCAAGCCUCUAGGGGGAUCUAGGGGCAUGCUGCCCGAGUAAAAUUUGUAUAUUUAGACACUCUGAAAUGCUGUUUUCUGCACUCUCCAGGGAUUUCUCUCCCAAGUUACGGGAAAUCUAAAGUGAAUUAUAGGGUGAAUUAUAUUACUGCAUGUAGGCAUUAACUUUCUCAUUUCUUCAUUUUGAUCAUUCUUAAAAGUGAUCAGUGUAAAUAUCAUGUGGGUUAAUGUUAACUUACAAAUUUCAAAAUGCAGAAAUCAGUAGUUUUUGGUGGGUAUUUAUUUUUUUCAUUCACCUGAAAAAUUCAAGUUUCUUAGUCAAAAGAAAAUUUAUUUGCAGUUCUAGAUGCUGAAGACAUGGCGAGGAGGCCUAAAGGAAACUGUAGGGCUUAUGUUAAUUAGAAUUACAAUUUUUCGACAAAAAAUUACGGCGAUUAGAAAAUGAAAAAUCACUUUACAAAUGUUUAAAUACAAAAGGCUGGAUCAUUUUACUGCGGUCCACUGUUUACAGAUUGCCUUGAUAAAAAAAAAACUUUUUGGUUCACUGACCUGUUUCUUCUAAGCUAAUGUUUGAUUUGUACAGACAUUAAAAUUAGACUCAAAACACUUAAUACAUAGAUCAUUUUUAGUGGUCCACUUCCCCAAAUCAUGGGGCUACACAACCAGGGUCCCUUUGAAAUGGGGACACAACCAGGGUCUCUUGAUGGGUAGGAAAGAGAACUUGGGAAUGAGGUUACCCUACCUACAUGUACUAGGGUUGCCCUGGAUCUGUUCAGUAAUAGAUCACAGAUGACAUCAAAAUGAUUGUGGUAAAAAGGAAGUGGCACACGAGCCGCAGGCAAGCAUGUGUCACUGAUGUUUUUACCACAUUUUGAUGUUCUCUGUGAUCUAUUUCUACACAGACCUACAGCAACAUGGAAUCCAUUAAAUUUUGUUUUAUACAUGCAAUGAUCAGAAAAGAAAAAAGACCGAUACACACUUACCUGCCUUGUACUGCUUGACUGUUCGAGGAUUUUUGCUAGUUUAGGCAUUUUUUAAGUCCCAAGUUAUAUAUACCUGUCGUCUCUGCUUCUUCUUUUUUCGCCAUCUUACUUGUGUACAGUUACUUCGAAGAGUUUUUGAAGUCUUUUGUUGCUCAAAGCAGAAUAAUGUGCGAAACAUUUUUCGAAACAGCAAGUCUCUCACAGCAAUGACACAAUGAUCACAAUUUAACUGUUGUAAAGAUUUCUUGCAGUUUAUAGACAUUCUCAACGUGGUCAAGAACUCUUUUUGCCUCCAUUUCUCCAUUUUUCUUCUUUGUAAAUAACUCGUGGUAAAUUUUUUUUCCUUGCUUUCACCUUCCAAAUCCGAAAUAAUCAAACACACAUGUUCAAAUCUGUGCGCCAUGUUGCAGCAAAACAAAGAAAACUGUGUUUUCCCAUGAUGUCAUCCAUGUGUCUGCAUGUACUCUAAUAGAUCAUGGGCAACGAUCAAUCACAGCGCGCAUUGCCUUCAAAUCAUUCUACAGAUAAAGUGAAAUACCAAGUGAAAGGCUCUGCAUUGCCCUGGUCAUUCCCAGGGGACAGGGGGCAAAAGAGUGGACAUGUCAAGGAGUUUCAAAUAACAGCGGUUCUUAACUUUGAUGUGUAAUGACUGAUUAAGUUUUGAAAUGACUGUAGUUUUGUUUUGGAACUGUUGUAGAUUGGUACUAGCUAUCUUUAAUUUUAGAUAAUAUUUAACCUUUUAGGUCUUAGUUUAUUUUAUUCUCUUUCAUUGUAAGUUUUAUGCUCUCACAAUAAGUUUGUUCAUGGCUCUGAAUUUAGCAGUUGUGGCUGAAAGUAUGUGUAAUUAACCAUGGCUAAGUGAAGGUAACGUGUUGUUACAUGUAUCAUGGCAUUGGGCAUAUUAGUAAUUUCAAAAACAUCAAAAUUCACAUGUAAUUUUUCUUUUUGUGGUAGAAUGAUGAGCUUAAUUCUGAACAGGAAGCAAAAGUCAAGAGGUAAUUAUACUUUUACAAGUAGCCUUAUUAGCUUUAAAAAUAAACCCUAGGCUUGUAUCAAAAUUUAAAUUAUAUUUUGUUGUGCUCAGACUGGCAAAUAUUUUUUCAUAAAAGUAAUGGGAAGACACUGUAAGAGACUUAUGAAGAAAUUAGAGACUGGUGCAUGUGACUUAUUUUUACUAGGUACUAUAAAUAUUAAAGUACUAGUCCAUGUAAAUCUGGAAUUGAAAAUGAUUGUUUUUGUGGGUCCUUCUGUCCAAACUUAAACACGCCCAAAUUUAACGUUAAACAAUUAAAAGAAACAGAUUAUAGUACAAAUCCGGGUUAGGCUUAUCUGUGAUGUGACAAUAAUAGCAAAAUGCCUGGCACCCUACAUUUUUGUAUAAUAAUUCAUGACUCACAUUUUUUCUUUAGUGAGGUUAGAGUAAAUCAGAUUGCUGAAUGGAUGGAAAAACAAGAAGAGGUUUGUGAUCACCGGUAUCUUACCUAUACAUUGUAAAUCUAGACAAAUGGCAUUUAUUUAAAUGAUGUCAAAAGCGUAAAAUUUUUAUCCUGAAGUUGCAGUGUAGGGGGUUUUUGGAGUCAACCAAACAAAAAAUAAAUAUUUAGUUUCUUGUAAGGAAUUACAUUUUGUUCAAUGUACUGAUAUGUGACUGUCAGGUGAGUUCUUAGGAAAACCCUAAAUCACAAUGCAUGUAAACAAUGCAACAAAAAAGGGCAAUUAAUGUUUUGUGAUGUUAAAUAUAAUUAUUAUGAUUGACCAAAAUCAGAAUAAUAUUAUUUCCAAAAUGGCCUGGUAAUUAAGUUUUCAAGAGGUACAUGACUUGUAUGUGUACACCAGAAAAAAUUAAUCUGUUACACACAGCAUGGGUAACUUUGUUUAUAAUUACCUAUCAGCUUCCUAGUCUACUGUACAUGUGAGAGUGCAUUUGUCACAAUGUGGAUGUAAGUAAAAUAGACAGCCAAGCCUGACUCAUCUCCACAGUCAUCUCUCUUGGUUCCCACGUGUGGGGAAUGAAAAGCAAGAAGCAUGACUAAAGGGAGGGCGAGGGGUGAUGAGAAGAAGGGAAAGGAAAGGGAGAGAAUAUAAUCCUGUUUCCCUCACCCUCCCUUGACCAUGCAUCUCUUGUUAAUAUUAAUAGGAGACUCAGAGAUGACUGGAGACAGAAGAGUCAGGGAUAGCCAAUUAAAUUACUGUGCUUUUCAAUAAAACUUCAACUCUGAAAUUAAAAAGCCAGCUUAGCUUACAAUAAUGUUUUUUGCUGCUGCAAGCAACAAGCAAUGAACCUUGAAACACAGAAACACUCAAAAUGAAUCAAAAUCCACCAAUCAGAAAUCACAAACUGUGACCUUUUGAACUUGUGGAAGUAAAUUUCUGUUUUCUGCGAGGUUUGCUAAGAUGAUCGACAGCACCGAAGAUUGCAAAUGUUAGUUGGCUUUUGAACUUCAGAAUUCAUGUGUUUUUGAAAAGUGCAGCAAAAAUGAAUUUUUAAAUUUACUUGUUGCAUUUUGCAGAAUAGUGAAAGACGAUUGCUAAAGCAAUGGGCUGAGGACACAAAACAGGAGCUGUCUCUUGCCAACAAAGAAUUAACAGCUGUAAGUUUUUUAUUAAAUUAUUACAUUUGUACAAUUUUCAAAUCAAGGAUAAGGUAUAGCCAGAGAAAAGAAGAAAAAAAAACUGUAACCUAGCUGCUGCCUAUAAGCCCUGUGCCUGGUUGCUCAGAGGCCAAUUAGUGCUGUGAACAGUGUACAUUCUCCAAUAAAUUCUUGGCACUUAUUGACAUUUGCAAGUUAAAUAGAGAGGCUAAUUUUGUUUUCUAAUUUUUAUCUCAAAGGGGGCGGGGUGGGGGAGGGGGGCAAGGGGGUCUUGAGUGUUUAAGGAACUGUCAUUUAGUAUAAAAUGACCUUACGCACUGUAUAUCUCAUAAUUUAUUUUUUGUUCUAUAAAACAUUUCAGGUCAGAAGAGCCCAGCUUCGUAACCUACUAUAUACAGAGCAAGCUUUGUAUGAGAUGGAGCUAAAUAACCAAGGCAAAACAUUUUUCAUUCAGAGAACAUGACAUCAACUUAUUACUCGUUGUAUAAUACAGUUAACAUUUUAUUGUCAAUGUUGUUUAAAUUCUACCUUGUUCAAUUGUUGAAAUUUAAUAAAAUGUGUAAACUAACA